AUGGAUCAAGUUCAAGAUAACUUCAUUUUUACUAUGGAUGAACUUGCUCGAUCUAUACUGCCACCAACAGAAUCUUCUUCAAAUGCAACACUUGAUAAUAAUACUCAAGAAGUAACGCAGCAAAUUACUACUCCAACUAUUAAUCUUUCGCCUGAUAGCAGUACAGCUCAUUUCGGCAAUUUCAGCUUUAAAAGGUCGGUUAAAUUUGGGGAUGAAGACUCAGAUCGAAACAUUCCGUUGACUUUUAUUUCACAACGUGUACCAUCGGUCACCAAACGGAAUAGCAUACCGCAAACAUUACGUCCUCUGGUAGAGAGACGUUUAAGCAGUUUUUCCAAAAAUCAUACUAGAGUCAAAUUUCUCUCCAUUUCUCCACGUGAGGAGCUGACACUGAAUCCGGUGAGUGGCGAAAACGAUAUGGUCGAUAUGGUAGUUUUGAAAAAUGAAAGUAGCAAAAACGUCGUAUUUAAAGUCAAGAUUACAUCGCCUGAGAAAUUCCGAGUACGUCCGAGUACGGGAAAUAUUGCUCCUGGUGGAACAGAGUACAUUAGAGUUUAUUUACAAAAUGAGUUCCGAAAUUCGGUACCACGUGAGAAAUUGCUGCUUAUGGCAGUGGAAACAAAUGAAGAAAAUAAUGAUUUUGGAAGUGUGUGGAAGAAUUCUAAUGAAGAAUCAAGAAUGGAACAUAGGCUAAAAUGUAGACUAUUCGUUGAUAAGGAAGGAACACCAUCCACAGCGGAACGCAUGAAUUCUAUGAUGAUUCAAAGCAAACACGAUCCAUAUGAAGAGAUAGUAAGUACUAGAUUCCGAAAUAAUUUAUAG